CCAGCUGGUACCACGGGCUCCUCAUCCUCCUCGGGACUUCAUUUGCUGGUGCCUCUGAAAUCAGGACAUGGAACUGAAAUUGAAGAGCAAACCUGUGAACGGUCUCCUCGGAUGCGUUGUUGCCGUCUGCUUUUGUACAGUUUGUCCGGCUCAAAGACUUUGCACGGUGCCUCCUGGUCCUGUGACGGUCCCAGAAAACAACACAGCUGAUGUGCAGGUGGUCCAAAUCAGAUCCAGUAGUGAUGUGACGCUGACAGUCACAGUGAACCCUGAAGAUCUGUUUUACCUAAAAGGAAACAUCCUAAUGGUAAAGAAAGGACUGGACUAUGAGUCAUUACCCAGUGCAGCUCUGGUGGCAUGGGUGCAGUGCAGCAGAGCUGGCUCCAGAUCUGUGAACGAGUCUGUUGAAGUUCUGGUUGAAAAUGUGAACGAUAACCCUCCAAACUUUGCACAAAACCACUACACACUCGAAGUGAACGAGGUGAGCAGUACCGGUGUUUCACAUUUGUCUUUAUUUAGAGUUGGUCUCAUCACAAAGUUGACUCUGAGUUUUGUCUUUUGCAGCUGCACUCCAAUCAACUUCAGCGUUGGGCUGAUAGAAGCUACAGACGUUGAUUCAGAGCCUCUGUACUAUCGCCUGGAGUCUGCAACAGAUAAAUAUUUCCGCUUGGAGAAUAUCAACACUCCAAAGAUACUUGUAAAAAGCAUCCUAGACUAUGACGUCAUACAGAAAAUCUCUCUGAUUUUACACGUACAGGACACGUUCAAUGGUUCGGCAUCCAAUGAGCCGUUCUUCACUUCUGUGGCCACCAUCACGGUUCACGUGAAGGACGUCGACAACCGACCUCCGUGGUUUCAGCCGUGUUUAAGGACAAACUUAGGGAUUGCUAAACUGUGUGUGAGCACUGGCUACAGAGGCAAAGUCAACCUCACUGAGAAAGAGGAGGGGCCAUUGAUGCUGGAGCCUGGCCCAGUGUUUGCCAAAGACGGAGACAAGAACAGGAGCGAGCAGAUCAGCUACAGGAUACUGCGAGGAAAUGAAGGAAAUAUUUUCCAGAUCGAUGAGGAAACAGGAAACAUCACCAUGGCUAAAGCUGCUGAUAUUGUCGGCCCAAUAACUCUCACUGUUCUGGCGUCUCAGGUGACCAACAGGGAUCAGUUUGCGGUGACACAGGUGACCAUCGAGGUGAUGAAGAAGAGCAGGAACCCUCCUCGCUUUGAGAAGGAGCGAUACGAAGGAUUUAUUUACAGCAACUCUGUCCCUGAGAGCAUGAUCCUCCGAGACCGAAGCACCAACAGGCCCUUCAGGGUCCGAGCCCGGGACGAGGACUUCGCCGGUGGUUUGAAUCCAGAUGUGAAAUACGAGGUUCAGUACAGCAGCUACGUCAACGUGACCUCAGACGGUUUUAUGAUCCUGAAGAGAGUUGUGAAGACUGAGUCCUUUGCACUUCAGCUCAGAGCCGUGGACACGACAACGGGAGAGUUUGGCACAGCUGCCCUUUCUGUUCAGGUCAUUCCAGCUGUGGCCAUCCCAUCUCCCUCAAAUGUUGGCUACCGUCCAGGCGACAUGGCUCUCCUGGGUCUGGUCAUGGCAGCUCUGCUGGUCCUCUGCCUCAUUGUGAUCGGCUUCUUGAUUUCUCGCUUAUGGAAGGGAAAUGCCAGUAUGGACAAAAUAUGCGAGUGCCUGGGCCCCUGUUUGAAGUCUGACCAGCCCCGGACCGGCCACAGGGACUCCCUGCAGUACACCAACGAUGGCUUCCAGAACGAAGGUGACCACAGCCGUGGCGGUGCCAGGCGCUGGAACAACGCUCUCCCCAGACGGAGCACCUUCCCCCAGGCACGGGGCCGUGUCAUUCCCCUGGAGAGACGGAGCCGCCACUGCUCCUCCUGUGGUGUCUACACCAACCACAUCCCCAAGGGGAGCCCUUCAGUGAGACCGUCAAGGAGGGGCAGGGGAGACGGGGACGAGUACGGCAUGAGAUCAAUCCUCACCAAGCAGAGGAGGAGGGAGGGCCAGAAGACGGUGUGGUUCAAAGAGAGUGAGGACUCUUCGGACAUAGAGGUGGAGAUUAUCCCAGACACUGUGGGCCGGGUGGAGGAAGAGACUGAGGAGGAGCUGGAGGGGGAGGUGGAGAUGGAGGGUGUUGUCAGAGACCCGGCCGCCCCACUGAGAGAGUCUGACGAUGGGCAGGAGAACCAGAGCACAGGGGUCCGGUGAAGAGCAAGACUGUAGAAAUACCUGUUCAGAAAAAGAGAAGGGAGGCCAGGAGCAGGAGGGCUGACAGCAGAGGUCAGAGGUCGAACUUAAGUCAGAGAGAACUGAGCAGAAGGCUGUUUGUUUUCUUGUCAGUUUUUGGAGACUACAGCCCACAGCAAACGUCUCAGCAGUCCAGGAUGACACCUCCAUCAUCUCUGGAUAACUGCCUCAAGAAUAGAUUCAAGGAUCCAAAAGGUAUUUUCUACUGUGAGUAUAUUAGAAUACAAUGUCUGAAGUUGUAACUUUACACAAUGUUUAAAAAGUAUCUUCUUGUCACUAGUGUUGGCCAAACAUAUAGUAUGAAAUUAUAGAAAAUCGGUCAGCAAGAUUACUUGGUACCACUUUCUAAUAAUGCACACUAUUAAGAGUUUAUACAGAAAGUUGAAACUAACAAUUAUUUUCAUUAUCAAUUAACUGAGUAAUUGUUUGGUAUGUAAAACAUCAAGAAACAGUGAAGAGUGUGUCACCAUUUCCUAGAGCCAAAGGUCACAUCUUCAAAUGUUUUGUUUUGUCCAAUUGAUAGUUCAAAACUCAAAGAUAUUUAAUUUGUUUUAUGUUAAGAUAAAGAAAUGCAGCAAAUUCUCACAUUUGAGUCAACUGGAAACAUCUAGAGUUUUAGCUUUUUAGUUUAGUAAUUACUCUUUUAUUAACACUUUAUAGAUCUAUUUUAAGUCACUGAUCAAAACAAACUCUGGGUCAAGGUGAAAAAUCAGAAGUUAUAUAUGUUAAGUUAAAAUUAAUGUUAUUUCUAAUAAGGUCUGCAUUUACAAAUUGUCAAAUUGCUCAUUGGAGCAGUUUCUCUGAUGAAAAGAGCCAAAAACACAACAAAACUUGUUCUUAUUAAAGGCUUACAACUUGAUAUAGGGCAUUAGAAAAUAUUUAUUAAUCAUGAAGAAACCUGUUACAAAGGGUGCCUUAUUAGAAAGUGGUUGGGUUAUUGCAACAUUGGAUUCACAGGAUUUUACAUUCAUGUGAUGAGGUUCCUCUAUUUGUCAGGUAUUUAAUUUACUUCAUUAGCCCUGUGUUGUCUGUUUGGGAAAUCAAAGGAAACAGUGUGACAGUAUUGCAACGUAAAAUUACAUACACUGCAAUAGAUUUUAUCUGUAUCAGCUACUCCUAUUUUAUAACCUCCAGUCAGAUCAAUACAGCAUCUCAAACCAAGGGGUAAAAACCCAGUGAGUGAUUCAUCUGCAGAGAAGCUGGUCACUGUUGUGCUGUCAUGAUUUCUGUCUCAUCCAUUCUGCACAUAUUCUGUACAAGCUUUACUAAACUGAACCAGUAGUGUCUGGAAUUUAGGGUGAAAAUUAUAUGCGAAGAGAAACUUUUGUCUACUGAAUACUAAAACAGCUGAAAGGACUUUUUUUAUGUGGACUGUAUUUUAUCGAGCAUGUUCAGUAAAAUAACUACUUUUAUGGAUAAAUCUAUGGUUAGUGUAUAGUUGACUUUUUGUACAUUAAAGUGAUUGAUGUAGAGUGUGUGAGGGAAUAAUAAAGUAUGAAGGAUUUGUGGAAUCUAGG